GAACAAUUAUAAGCAGAUCCAUGGCAAUGCAAGCACCUGGAUUUUCAAACUCUAACUAUGCACCAGAAAAUCAAGUCCCCUAUGGCUACCCUCAGCAUGCACCUGGGACUUACCAAGGUGUCGCAGGCGCGGGGAGCUAUGGCUUCCAGGUACAGGCCAUGGGGGUCCCAGCUGGAUUUGCUGUUCCACCCAUCCAGAACCAGCCCAUCGCGAAGGAGGGGACAAUCUGGAUGCCCGUCCCUCCUCCUCUUCCCAACUGCCCUCCUGGACUGGAAUACCUCACACAG